AUGUCCCUUACGGUCCUUGACGAAGCAAUCACUGGCAGUGCGCAGCCGUACAACGCUGACUACCUGCAUAGUAUAGUAAAGCGGCUCGUCAAUGGUGCACCAGUGAUCGUCAUCGCACAGAGCAACGACGGCAUCGAGGCUGGCACGCGAACCGAGUCGCCAGAUUCGCCCACUAACAUACAGUCGAUCCCCAUCGAGCGAAUGCUGCCCGGAGAUGGCGUUCCCGGAGAAGAAAUCAGGAUAGUGAAGGAAGCUUCGGAGUCGAUGAGUGCGCUCGAAGAGUGCAAAGAAGAGGUUGACCGAUUAAAAGUCAUGCUUGACGACCUGAUCAAACACGACUGGGAGCGAGAGAAGUUGCAGGGUCUCCUGGACGCGAUGUCAACGGUGCAAAGAGAAACCAACACAGGGCUCGAACUUAAUGCCGCAAAAGUCGAGGAAGACGGGCAUGUCGCGCGAGACGCGGACGUCGUCGCCACAGGACAGAGCGUCCGCGAAUCAUUCUCCGAGUUCUGCCAUCACAUCGACGCCUUGCAGAGUGCGUUGCAUGACGUAGCUGAGCAGAUCGAUAGUAUACGAGAGAAGGGAAAACACUGGUUUCUUCAUCUGCGCUGGCACAUCGUAUGGGCGAAGAUACGGGAGUCCCUCCCCGAAAUCCUGAGAGCGGUCGUGCAACUCAUCUCCCACAUCGGGAAGAUCCUAGCCCUCGUUCACCCGGUCGCUAACGUCAUCACUGCCCUUGCCGACGCUGUUCAUGCACACCUCAGUAACACCAACGCUAAGAGCGCGCCACACGUCAAUCUCGCUCAUGCCGCUUUACAGGCGUGGAGGAGACUACCCACGAAGUACCCCAUCACAAUAAACAGCUACAAUGAGAUGAAGGAGAUCCUGAAUUUCAUCCGCGAGAAGAUGCCAAUGCAUGUCACGGAAGUACAAGACAUGUUGAGGGACUGCUACACAAAGAUGGAGCAUCCGAUGCUCAAAGUCGAAGAUCAACUGGGUACGCAUUACGUCCGCAUGAUGCCAGAGGACGCGGAGAGAGCAGCCGGCGUGUGGAGACAAAUGGGAGACCGCCUGGACGAGGUGUUUAGAUCCCACUGCCAGGAGACGUCGGGUGCGGAUUCUCCUCGCUGCUAG